AUAACUUAUUUUCUAGUCUAGUGCACGAUAUCCACAAGGAGUUAAGUGUUCUUAAAACUUGCUUGUGCUGUAGCCUAAAUCCUUAAGGCGGGUCUUACAUUCAGCUGAACAUGGUUACAUAACUGAAACCGGAGAACUUUGAACUAAUAGGAAAAGGAGGUUACAGUGCAAGUUCGUCGUGUUUGUGUGUCAGAAGUAUCUCACGAGAGAGAAUUAAAGCUGGAAAUGUCGUCUGAAGUGUUCGACUGCAUCGUCAUUGGCGCAGGGAUCCAGGGGUCCUGCACUGCCUAUCAGCUGGCCAAAAACAAGCAGAAAACUCUAUUGCUGGAGCAGUUUGUUUUGCCCCACUCCAGAGGCAGCUCUCAUGGCCAAACCAGGAUUAUACGGAAAUCCUAUGAGGAAGAUUUUUACGUACAGAUGAUGCACGAAAGCUAUGAGCUAUGGGCUCAGCUUGAGAGAGAAGCAGGUGUUGAACUGCACAGGCGCACAGGCCUGCUGGUUAUGGGUCCAGAAAAUGGAGAGGGUUUCUCACGCCUAAAGGCCACGAUGCAAAAACACAAGAUUCCUACAGUGUUUCUGGAGAAGCAGGAAUUCAGCCAGCACAUUCCCAAUGUGAAUCUCGCUGAGGGGAACGGAGCGCUGAUAGACACCUUCGCUGGCGUGCUGUAUGCGGACAGAGCCCUCCGAGCUGUGCAGAGGCUGUUUCAGUCCUGUGGGGGUGUGAUAAAGGACGGAGAGAAAGUGAUUGACAUCAGUCCUGGUGCGGAGGUCACUGUAACGACGGGCUCUGGAGUGUACAGAGGGAGGAGUCUGGUGAUCAGUGCAGGACCCUGGGCCAACACUCUACUGACACACACAGGACUGCAGCUCCCGCUCAAGGUUGUAAAGAUUAACGUAUGCUACUGGAAGGAGAAGAUCCCAGGCACCUACAGUGUCGGCCAGAGUUUCCCAUGUUUUAUAGAGAUGGAGCCAAAAGAGGGGGAAUAUGAUAUUUAUGGCCUUCCAUCCAAUGAGUAUCCAGGACUAAUGAAGGUGUGUUACCACAUGGGCAGUGAGACCGAACCGGAUGAGCGAGAUAAACAGACGGAUAGAGGGGACAUCGAUAUUCUGGUGCGUUACGUCACCCGCUGUCUCCCUGGGCUGGUGCCAGUGCCUGCUGUGGUGGAGAGCUGUAUGUACACGGUCACGCCAGACCAUAACUUCGUCCUAGAUACCCACCCAACCUACAGCAACAUCAUCAUCGGUGCUGGAUUCUCAGGCCACGGAUUCAAGUUCGGCCCUAUCAUAGGGAAAUUGCUUUCUCAGUUAGCCAUGGGGCAGGUUCUGUCAUACGACCUCUCACCUUUCCGUAUUCAACGUUUCCAGUCUCACGCCAGAUCGUCACUUUGAAUGCAAGAGCCUACAAUGACAGCUAUAUCUGAUAUAAUAAAACAAUGUUAAACAAUGUACUGUGCCAUGUUAAUUCAUCACUAAUUCAUUCAUGCUUUUUUCUGUAAUAUCGAGGCUGUGUCAAGUUAACAUUAGACUAAAGAUG